AUGGUCUUCUGUGGGAAACCCAGCAAAGGAUGCGGCCAAUGCCGAUCGAGAAAGAUCCGGUGCGACCAGGAACGGCCUGCUUGUUCGCAAUGUCUCAAAGGCAACCGGGUCUGUCCCGGCUACCGGGACGAGCUGUCGUUGAUGUUCCGUGAUGAAAGUCAGCAGGUUGUCCGGAAGGCCCGUAAUAGUGCUGCCGCGCGCAAGUCCAGGCAGGCAAGGAAGACCAGGCGCACCCUUUCGCCGAGUGAGAGUAGCCCCGAGUCUACAUCCGGUGCGACGACGGUCUCGGCCAGCCGGAGUAGCGAUGUGAUUGACUUCGGCGAUGAGAGCCCAGUGCAGACUGAGCUGAUUGAGCGCCAGCCGCUGAGGAGGAUCCAGCCGUCGCACCAGACCACGCAGGAUGAGGCGGUUUGUUACUUCAUUCAGUACAAUCGGUGGCCUGGGUUCCACUGGAUGAUAGAUCUACGUCCCGACUUUCUUGCCAGCUCGGGCUUUUCUGUGAGCCAGGAGGCUAUGAAGGCGAGUGUCGGUGCUGUGGGGACGGCGAUGCUGGGACGGGUCCGACAAGACACGUCGAUGGUUAUUGCUGCAGGAGCGGAAUAUGGCUGCGCUUUGCAAAUGUUAGCGUUUGCUGUCUCAGAUCCCGCAGAAGUGAAAGCCAAUUCGACACUGGGGGCGGUCUUGAUGCUGGCAAUUUUUGAGGUCGUUACCAGCCGGACAACACAAAAUAUUGAAAAGUGGACGAACCAUCUUCGCGGAGCCGCGGCGAUUCUUGAGCUGCGCGGUCCAGAGCAAGUACAGAAUGAAGAGGGUCUGAAGCUGUUCGUCCAGCUGCGGUUUCAGAUAAUUACGAGCUGCUUACAGCUCAGCGUACACGUGCCACCAUCGGUGCUCGAAUGUGCACCACUUGGCAUGUUUCUCCGUCCACAGACAGAUGCUUACGGUGAUCGCCUGAUUUACAUCAUAGGCCAAUUGGCCAACCUUCGCGCCGAUGUCAGACAAAAGUACAUGACAGAUAAUCAAGAGAUUCUAGCAGCUGCCUACGACAUCGAAGCAGAACUGCUAGCCUGGCUUGCAUCUCUUCCUCCAGACUUUUCGUACACCACCGUCGAGAAUACUUACUCCGACGCCGCGUUCAAGAGACUCUGUCGUGGCAUACUCCCAUACAACAACCAAUACCACAUCUACAGCGAUCUCUGGAUUUGCCAUACAUGGAACCAGUAUCGCUGCGCGCGCAUCAUCGUCUCCGAGAUAAUACUGAGCUGCCUGCGGCGAUUGUUCGUCAAGUCAGCGGGGGCAUCUCCCAGCGAACUGCAAAGUCACUGUUUCAAGAUCCGCAGCACCACACGGCAGUUGGCUACGGACAUCUGCGCCAGCGUACCCUACCAUUUUGGCGUUGGAAGCACGGGAGAGAGCCAAACAGGCUCUGUCUCCAUCAAUGAGAGUCACACCGCAGGUCUCGUGCUACUGUGGCCACUGGUAAUGGCUGGCGCAAGCGAGGGGAAGAAUCACCCGUUGCGCAAGUGGGGCAUUGACUGUCUGCGGCUCAUCGGGCACGGUAUGGGGAUCGAUCAGGCUCUUGCUUUGAUUGAUGUUCUAGAAUCCGAAGCGGGGGUCUUUGACGGCGUGGGCGAUGACGGGGUGCUCAUUGAGGAGAAGAGCUCCGCCAUUGUGAAGAACAUAGUUUUGGCAACUACUUGGAAGCAUUUGGAGGCUGAAUAA